AUGCCGUCUUCAUCCUACGAUUUCAUACAUAACCCGAGUCUGCCCUCCGACGAGGACAUCGUCGCCCGCUGCGAGGAGCACAAAUUCCCCCAGGGAAUCACCAUCACCGAUCCUUCUACUCAUUCAGAAAUCGCAUGGGUCAAAUGCGGUGUGAACGUUACCCUUGGCGAGGCGCACAUGCAGCAUUGGACAGCCAUGGCUCUUCGCGAGGCCGGCAUCUCAAGCGUACAAGUUGCUUCCGUUUUCCGUGCAUUUACGGCAGAUUAUCACGGGUGCCGCGUCGGAUACAUAACCAUGCAGUACAUCGAGGGCACAGACUGCGACUCGAAGGAUGUUGACCUCAUUGCGAGGGCUGUCGAGGCGUUGAUCAACCUCCGAGCACCAUCAACCGCGACACUCGGACACUUCGGCAGCGACACAAGUUCUAUUGUACACUCAUUCUUCCCUGAAUGGCUUCCGAACGCCGAUUAUAGAACCGACCAGGACUUCUAUGAUCACAUCCAAAAGAUUCUUAAAAUGCUGCGCAUCGACUUCCAAGGCGAUAUAUCGGAUUACGAUCGAUACCUCUGUCUUUCCGAUUUCAACCCUGGUAAUUUCAGGAAGAGUACGACCCCGGAUGGCCAGUCGGUAGUGGUGGUGUUGGACUUCGGGGCAACUUGCUUCAUGCCGCUUCCCUUCAUCGAGGUCGCACUCAAGAAAGAUCGGGACAUCUUUCGCCAAUCACUUAUCGAAAGGAUCAAGUAUCCUCGAGCGCGUUCGGAAGAUGUACAGGCUUUACUCUCCGCGUCGUAUCGGCUUGUUCAGUAUGGUUGGGGCCCAAUCGCACUCCCACCGGGCGUCAGCCCCAGAUUCGGCCGCAAAUGAUGUGUUGCUUUACCUUGAACGAAUACUUAGCUUUCUGUUGCUCUACGAGUCUUGGUCUAAGUUGCUGUCGUGACAUCGGAUACGCGUGAAUAUGUAAAAGACUUGUAUGUGAACUGACAUU